AUGAUGACAGUUCCGGGUAGUGACGGACCACUAUUCGUGGUACACAACUCUCCAACAAAUGAUGCCGUACAUCUUGUCUAUUGUAAACCAGAACCUUUGGAUACAAUUCCAGAACCGAAACAGUUGGAUGAUCUUUAUCAAUUAGGAGUACCUGACCCCAAUUCUCGUACUUAUUAUACCAACCUAUUGCACUGUGCACUUAUCGCGCUUACAGGUUUGCCCUUAGGAUGGGAUGUUGGGACUAUGGGUCAUGUCGCAAAUCUGGGAGAAUUUGCCAAAGUUUUUGGAACCAACGGUGAAUCACUUUCACCAUUAGUUUUGGGAUCAAUUAUUUCAUCCUUAAAUCUUGGUUGUAUUAUUGGAGCAAUUAUAAUAGGUACUUUGGACUCGGCAUCAAAAAUAAAUGCACCAGGAAUGCGUAAAAGUAUCUGGGUUUCCACUUCAGUCUAUGCUUUAGGUACAUUCAUUGAAACCAUUUCUGCGGUAAUUCCUUGGAAAAUUUGGGUAUUAUAUUCAUUUGGAAGAUUAUUAUGUGGCAUUUGUAUUGGAUCCCUUGCCACAAUAGGUCCAGUUUACAUUGGGAAUAUUGUGAAAACUCCAUCAAUGAAGAAAACAUGUAUGUCAUGGCAUCAAAAUGCUUGUUGUUUUGCCAUUCUUUUGGGAAAUUUAAUCAUUAUAUGGUUAGGACAAAAUCAAAAUAUUUUACAUGCAAUGGUUGCAUUUAAAGCAGCAUUUAGUAUUAUAAUACCAAUUGCAAUUUAUUUUGUCCCUGAAUGGAAAAACAGUCGAAUUAACGAAAUAGAUGCUCAGAAAAGUGAAAUCCUUAGUGGAAGAGAAAGUACAAAUCAUCGUUCAUUUAGUUGGAAAGUUAAAAGAUUAUGGACUAAAUUACGAGGUUCAACGAUAAUGUGUUUACAACAAUUUUCUGGAAUUAAUUUCUAUUUCUACUAUAGUGCAAUGAUUUUCCAUAACAUGCCACCAGCUAUAGCUAGCACUAUUUUAAGUGGAUUUAAUUUUGGAGCAUCUUUAUUUUCAGGGAUAUUACUUGAAAAUUUUGGUACUAGAAAUAGUCUUUUUGUUGGUGCAAUUAUCAUGGGGAUUUGUAUGGGUAUAUUUGCCCUACUAGGGAAUUAUGUUCAUAAUGAUAAUGGUAUUGGGUUAAUUGUUGUGGUGACCAUAUAUAUCAUUGUAUUUGCAUUAAGUUGGGGUCCAGGAGCAAGUGUGCUAGUGAAUGAAUUGAGUAGCCUGAGCCAAGCCAUGUCAAUUGCAGUAUGUUUCAAUUGGAUAUCCAAUUUUAUGGUUAAUAUAUUGACUCCUAUAUUGAGUAAAUCCUUGGGAUAUUCAUUAGGAUGGAUAUUCUCGAUAUUUUUAUUUACAGCAGCAAUGGUGAUAUAUAGAAGAUUAUAA